AUGAGUACUAAAGAGGAAAAAUUUAAUAAUGAAAAUGACAUUGAUGGAAAUACAGAAGAAAUUGUAGAUACAUUUGAUGCAUUAGGUUUAAAUGAAAAGCUUUUAAGAGGUAUUUAUUCAUAUGGUUUUGAAAAACCAUCAGCUAUUCAACAAAGAGGUAUUAAGCCAAUUUUGAAUGGAUACGAUACCAUUGGUCAAGCUCAAUCAGGAACAGGAAAAACAGCAACUUUUGUUAUUUCUUCUUUACAAUUAAUUAAUUAUGAUUAUGUUGCUUGCCAAGCAUUAAUCCUAGCUCCAACUCGUGAACUAGCUCAACAAAUACAAAAAGUUGUAUUGGCUUUGGGAGAUUACUUAAAAGUAAAAUGUCACGCUUGUGUUGGAGGAACUGUUGUAAGAGAAGAUAUAGAUAAAUUAAAACAAGGAGUGCAUAUGGUUGUUGGUACUCCAGGUAGAGUUUAUGAUAUGAUUGAUAAAAGGCAUUUGGGUGUAGAUAGAUUAAAAUUAUUUAUAUUAGAUGAAGCUGAUGAAAUGCUAUCAAGAGGAUUUAAAGCACAAAUUUAUGAAGUUUUUAAAAAGUUAGUUCCUGAUAUUCAAGUUGCUUUAUUUUCUGCUACUAUGCCUCAAGAAAUUUUAGAAUUAACGACCAGAUUUAUGAGAGAUCCUAAAACUAUAUUAGUUAAAAAAGAUGAGUUAACACUUGAAGGUAUUAGGCAAUUUUAUGUUGCUGUAGAAAAAGAAGAAUGGAAAUUAGAUACUUUAUGUGAUUUAUAUGAAACAUUAACCAUUACUCAAUCAAUUAUUUAUUGCAACACAAGAAAAAAAGUUGAUAUUUUAACACAAGAAAUGCACAAUCGUCUCUUCACUGUUUCUUGUAUGCAUGGAGAUAUGGAUCAAAAAGACAGAGAUUUAAUUAUGAGAGAAUUUAGAUCAGGAUCAACAAGAGUUUUAGUAACAACUGAUUUAUUAGCAAGGGGUAUUGAUGUACAACAAGUUUCUCUAGUCAUUAAUUAUGAUUUACCUUGCUCACCAGAUACAUAUAUCCAUAGAAUUGGUCGUUCUGGAAGAUUCGGACGUAAAGGAGUUGCAAUAAAUUUUGUUACAAAUGACGAUAAAGAAAAAGACAAAUUAAAAAAAAUUGAAUCAUACUAUAGUACACAAAUAGAAGAAAUGCCUUUAGAAGUUGCUGAUUAUUUGUAA